AUGUCGCACCGAGUAACAGUGACGACAUUUUUAAAUGAGUUUGCAGAGUACUUAGAGUCUAUUGUACUGUCGCCAGAACCAUUAUUGGUAACCGGAGAUAUGAAUAUCCACGUUGAUGAUGCGAAUGACACCGACGCUGUUAAGUUCUUGGAUCUUUUGGAGUCUAUGGGUAUGACGCAACAUGUAAAUACGCCCACACAUCGAGCUGGUCACACGCUAUUGAUGAUCACAAGUGAAUUUGACUGCAUGAUCCACUCUGAGCCUAGUUCAGAUAUUUUUUAUUCAGAUCAUUGUUCUAUCUGA